AUGUCGGCGCACGAAGAAAUUCUGGUGUGCAACUUGAGGAAGUGCCAGCGCAUUGUCGGCGACUUCGCCUGGGUCACCUCCUGCUCGCACCUCUUUUGCGACGAGGACGGUGAACGCGAGUUCAAGACGGGGGCGGUCGCCUGCCCGGCGUGCGGCGCCUUGCCGCGCGGCAGCCUGGACGUGGUGCGGGUCUGCUUGAACCCCCCCGAGGAGCACAAGUCCAUGGUGCUGGCGGGCCUAGGGCCGGACACCAUCCAGGAGAUAUGUUCGCGGGCGCUUUCAUUCUGGAUCUUUCAGCGGGUAGGUUACCAGGUGUCGUCGUUGGCGUUCGGGGGAGGGGGGACAGGCCGGUGGUGGCGGCGCUCGUGA